AUACAGCUGAAAUGUUAUUCUAUUAAAUUCAUAGUUUAUUUAGUAUUCAUUUUCUUAAAAGCAACUUUUUUUAAAAGUACGUUUAUCCUACCAUGCUUUACCAUCUGCUGUGUGCGUGAAGACUUUUUUGACAGGUUUAUGAGCACGCGGGCGCAUGACUCGAGCUUACCUCAAACCGCCCCAAACACAGUCGUUGCGUUACCAUGGUAACAUCAUUAUUGGUAAAUAAACUCGCAGAAAGACAUGUGAUGCGUUCCGAAGCUUAUAGAGCCUUUCUAAAUAGUUUUGGCCAAAUAAAUCACCAAAAACUUGUGAUUUUAAUUUUUAUUAUUUUUUUGCCGUAAUAUUAAUGACUGAGGCUGCCUUCAAAACCACGUAGAGCUGUGCUAAUUCUCACCUAGUUCUUAAACACUACUCUUCCGUUUUUCAGUAGUCCUGAUCUUGCUCAUUUGGACUUUCGCCUGUUUGCUCCCCUACGAGCACGAAGAUUCACUUCUGAUAUAAAAGUGAAGACAGCUUAGAUUGUUGUGCAGCUGUGCAUUCGUAACUCGCAGUUCAGCCUAGGACAUUUUUAAUAAGGAAAUUAAAAAAAGCUUGUUAGCAGAUGGACAAAGUUAUUGAAAAGCAAGAAGAUUAGGUCAAGAUAUUAUGUUUUUAUAUCUAUUUUAAGUUAAUAGAAAUAGAUUUUACAGCCAGAUUAUGAAUAGUUUUUGACUUAUCCUUGUACGUAUUUUGGUGUCUAAAUAGAUGACACUAUUUUGAAAGAUAGUCUGAAGAUAGUCUCGUCUAAAGUCAAAAAUUGAGGAACGAUAAGGAAAGUGCAACACAUUUUGCAGAAUUGUUUUGCUGAGUUGCCUCAAUGGUUCUACUUGAUUUGUCCCAGUUGGUGAUGAUCUGUGGACAAUCUUCAUCUUCUUGUGGUUGGUGUAAAGUCUGUGUUUCCUGUUUAUAUGGUUAAACGCAGUUAGGAUCUGCUGCAGGUGGUUUUCUAAAAGAUUUUUGGCACGCUGCUGUCAUUUGCCUGUUGCAACUCAGUGAGCGAGCUCAUAGAUGUGUUGUUUGUCUUUACUUCAAAUAAGCAAGAUUCUGUUCUGUGGACAAUUUUGGUUUCUGCAUUGAGUCUUUCUUAAUGAUAUGGAUGAUUGUCACAAUGAAGAUGAUAAACCAUGUUACAGUGAUCAUAUACUUCUCCUUUUCUUUCUCCUGAUCUAAUGAAAAAUGCCUCAUAGUUGGCAUUGCUCACCGUGCCUGUGGACAGAAUGUUGAGGUGAGUCUAGCUUGACAGUAUAGUCAAGUAUGAAGAAGAAGAAACAUCAGAAACUGUUUUUAUCGGGUAUUGUAGCCUGGGUGCUGCUCUACUUUAUUUUCUUCUACCAGAACACAAACUCCAACUUGAUUUCCCUUCCCAGUUUUAUACACUCAGCUUCCACCCAGGUAAGCAUGAGGCCCAUUUAUGUCCACCAUGUGGAAAACAGCACCACGACUAAACAAGUGAAGGACAAAGAUCAUCAUCGUUCCAGAGCUAUUGUCCUUCCUGAAAUGCAGAAGAAUUUAAAUUGGCGUAUCAUCUGGGCAGCUAAAGUGGUUAGAGGACUAUGGAUGGGCAUCGCAUCUUCUGACAUGCUAAGUUCAUAUCUUCAGAAAGUCAAGAAGCAAUAUACUGAUAUCAACCAAUACAAUGUGACCUAUACAGGACACUUAAAAAAUAAGACAAACCAGAAGAAGAUCCUGUGCCAGCUAAAGAAUGAACAGCUUAGGACACUGACUGGGAAUGAGGAGCCCUUUGCCAGUCUGGGAUGGCAGAAGCUGGUACCUCGUCAACCUCUGGAACAGGCCACUGGUGGCCCCUACAAGACAUGUGCUGUUGUUUCCUCUGCUGGUGCAAUUCUUAAAUCUUCCCUUGGGAGGGAAAUUGAUUCGCAUGAUGCAGUGCUUCGGUUCAAUGCUGCUCCCACUGAGGGCUAUGAGAAUGAUGUGGGCAACAAGACCACCCUACGCAUUAUCAACUCACAGAUUAUGGCUAAUCCACAGCAUAUGUUUGCUGACAGUCAUCUUUAUAAGAAUAUUACACUUGUGGCAUGGGACCCUAGUCCAUAUUCUGGCAACCUUGAAAAGUGGUACAAGAGGCCAGAUCACGACCUGUUCACAGCAUUCACCGAACACAGAAAGAAAUUUCCAUCACAGGCCCUCUACAUCCUGCACCCAAACUACCUCUGGAACCUUUGGAACAUUCUCCAGAGGAACACAGAAGAGAAGGUCCAACCCAAUCCACCCUCUUCUGGGUUCAUAGGCAUCAUUCUGAUGAUGAGCAUUUGCGAGAAAGUUGAUGUCUACGAGUUCAUCCCAUCUAUAAGACACACAAGUCUGUGUCACUACUAUGAGCAGUACCAUGACUUCGCCUGCACCCUAGGAGCAUAUCACCCACUGUUUUAUGAGAAGCUCUUCAUCAGAACAAUGAGCACUGUGUCUUUGGAUGAACUUAUGACAAAGGGCAAAGUCACACUUCCAGGGUUCAAUCAGAUCACCUGCUCAGGACAAGAAGUGUAAUAAAGAGACCAGUAUAAAUCCACUGCUCCUAUAAAACAAACUUGUAAAAAGAAAUGGCCAAAUUGAAAUAUGAAAGUACCAGAGAAGUUUUAGUUUUGUUUCGAAAGGAACGAAAUAUAUUUUGGUGUAUUUCUACUUUUCUUGAGUAUUAUUUAAAAGUGAAAACCUUUCCAAUAAAUGUUCAAAAACAUACGCUCCUUAUAUAUCCAGGGGUAGCUCAGUGGUUUAGGCAUUGGACUACGGUUCGGAAUUUCCUAGGUUCAAACUCCACAACCACUAAGUAGCCAUCGUUGGGCCCUUGAGCAAGGCCCUUAACCCUCAACUGCUCAGAUGUAUAAUGAGAUAAGAAUGUAAGACACCCUGGAUAAGAGCGUCUGCUAAAUGUAUAUUUUUACUUAAACCUUUAAAGUUCCUUUCACUAAAAAUCAAGGUUUAGUAUCCAGUCAUAUUUCUUUCUUCUUCUUCUUCUUCGUAUUUCGGCUGUUCCCUUUCAGGGGUCACCACAGCAAAUCAUCUUCCUCCAUAUCACCCUAUCCUCUGCAUCUUCUUCUCUCACACCAACUAACUUCAUAUCCUCUCUCACUGCAUCCAUAAAUCUCCUCGUUGGUCUUCCUCUAGACCUCCUGCCUGGCAGUUCCAUACCCAGCAUCUUUCUACCAAUAUACAGUAUUCACAAUCUCUCCACUGAACAUGCCCAAACCACCUCAGUCUGGCCUCUCUGACUUUGUCUCCAAAACAUCUAACAUGGGUUGUCCCUCUGAUGAACUCAUUUUUUAUCCUAUCCAUCCUUGUCACCCCCAAAGAGAACCUCAACAUCUUCAUCCCUGCUACCUCCAACUCUGCCUUUUCUUCAGUGCCACUGUCUCUAAGCCGUAGAGCAUCGCUGGUCUCACCACUGUGACGCUUACCACUUUCCUGUACACCUUUCCUUUUAUUCUCGCUGAUACUUUUUUAUCACAUAUAAAAGAGUAUAUGACAUUUUUCUCCACCGUUUCAACCUAUAAUUCAUAAUUUAUUGUAUCCAAUUAAAUUCAUCAACAUAGAGAAAAAGGUUUUGACCUUCUCAUGCUACAUAAUAUAGUUAAAGGUAAAGCUAUCUGUUUUUCUUAAAUGGAAUAAACCAGCAUACUGCAGUUUGGAGCUUGAGUUUAAGCGCCUCUGGACCUACUCUCCUUUGCAAAUAUUUGCUAAUAUAACAUGAUUAUAUUCAAAUAAGGUAACCUGUUUUUUUUGCUAAUGGCAGAUUAGAUUAGACUUUUUGUUGAUAUGUCUUUACUUUUAAUCAAGAUUUGAAAACUUCAUUUGUACUUUAACUUGGGUAUAAUUUCUCAGUAUUUUUGUCCGCACCAGGUGACUGGAAGCUGCUGUAGGCAAAAUGGGGGAUAAUUCAAAAACAUUGGAAGCAGUUGUGCAGGAAUAAACUCUGAAUGGGAUGCCAGUCUUUUGCAUGGGAAUAAGUCAAUAUGUUUACAUGAUGUUGCACACCCACGCUGACUCACACACUCGUUCUCACUUAGGAACAACUUAGAGUCACCAGUUCACUUACUGACCUUUUUUUUUUUAAACAUUUAUAUAAAGAAUGCACAUUCAUUUAUAGUAUAGUCAUUUAAAAAGUGCAACCUUAUUUCAGGGAAGCAGUUGUUUAGGAUUGUACACUAUGUUUCUUUGAUUUACAAAAUUUUGCCCAAUAUUGUGAUUUAAGUAAGGCAUUAAGCAUAUAAGCAUAUUUAUUUUUUUUGUCCACCCAUAUGCAAAAUAUUCUUGAAGUUUAGAAUAUUUAGCUCAUAUUAUUAACUACGUUUUGAAGAUCACCCCCAUUUGUUAAAACAUUUUAUGAUUUCAUGAUAUAUUAAAGUUUGUAAAGUUUAGCUUCCUGUACUUAAUCAAAAUGUUUAUUGUUUGUUUUUCUCAGUUCCUGCCUUGCUAUUUUACCUGCUAGGAGUCAUGUUUUUUUUUUUCCUUAAUUGCACUUUUCUGGGGGCAACUUGAAUAUGUGGUUAAAAUGAUCAGUUAAUUUUCAGCUGUUUUUUUUACAUAAAGCACAAAUGUGAACCCAAUUUCAUUCUCCGUGGUUUUAAUAAAUCUAUCCAUAGGAAAAACAAAUGAUUAAAACGUUCCACACUCAAA